UUAGCCGCUUUACUCCUUCCGGCUUGGAAGUCGGCGCUAAACCCUCUGCAACUCUUAAACCCUAACCCCGCAUCAUCGUCUCCCUUCCUCCCUCGUUUGCUCGCUCAAUGUCCGCAAUAGCUAGCAGAGCAAGAGCAAAUCCUCUUCUAGUGUCUUUUCCACACUUCCUCACAUGGCGAGCUCUCGGGUUUCGCACCAUUUGCAGCGGCAGGCUCGGGUUCGCGUCUUCGGACUCGUGCCCGCCCGUCGCCGGAACUAAGGUUGAUUAUCAAGAAAAGCAAUUUGCUCAAGGUGUGAUUCCAAAUACAUUCAUGCGGAGGGAGGGAGCUCCAAAAGAACGUGAGCUUUUAUGUGGUCGACUCAUUGAUCGACCCAUACGGCCACUCUUUCCUCCUGGAUUUUACCAUGAGGUCCAGGUAAUGGCAAGUGUUCUUUCUUCUGAUGGGAAACAAGAUCCAGAUGUAAUGGCAGCUAAUGCUACAUCUGCUGCUCUUAUGUUAUCAGAUAUUCCUUGGGGAGGGCCAAUUGGAGUUAUACGGAUAGGGAGGAUUUGUGGGCAAUUUAUUGUUAACCCAUCCAUGGAUGAGCUUAGCUUAAGUGAUCUUAACUUAGUGUAUGCCUGUACAAGGGACAAAACAAUGAUGAUGGAUGUGCAAUCUCGUGAGAUCUCAGAAAAGGAUCUAGAGGCUGCAUUAAGAAUGGCUCAUCCGGAGGCUGUUAAAUACCUUGAACCUCAAAUUAGACUUGCUGCCAAAGCUGGUAAACAGAAGAAGGAAUAUAAAUUGUCCAUGGUCACGGGUGCAACGUUGGAAAAAGUCAGUAACUUGGCUGCAGCACCUAUUGAAGCCGUUUUUACUGAUCCUUCAUACGGAAAGUUUGAACGUGGAGAGGCUCUUGAUAAGAUUGCACAAGAGGUGAAAAGAAAACUGGAAGAAGAAUGUGAUGAAGAAAGCCUGAGAGUUCUACCUAAGGCAGUAGACACAGUGAGGAAAAAGGUAGUUCGAGAAAGGAUAAUUGCAGAAGGAGUUAGAGUUGAUGGGAGACGUCUUGAUGAGGUUAGGCCUAUAUAUUGUGAAGCUGAUCAUUUACCUAUAUUACAUGGAUCGUCACUUUUUUCCCGUGGAGAUACUCAGGUUCUUUGUACUGUGACACUUGGUGCACCAGGAGAUGCACAGCGCUUGGAGUCCCUUGUUGGUCCCUCAACGAAACGCUUCAUGCUUCACUAUAGUUUUCCUCCAUUUUCUAUUAAUGAAGUUGCUAAACGAGUUGGCUUGAACAGGCGUGAAGUUGGGCAUGGAACUCUUGCAGAGAAAGCCCUGCUUGCUGUGUUACCUCCUGAAGAUGAUUUUCCAUAUACUGUCCGUAUCAAUUCAGAAGUCAUGGCCUCUGAUGGUUCAACAUCAAUGGCAACUGUUUGUGGAGGCAGUAUGGCUUUGAUGGAUGCUGGCAUUCCAUUACGAGAACAUGUAGCAGGUGUUUCAGUGGGUCUUGUUAGUGAUAUUGAUCCAUCAACUGGUGAAAUUAAAGACUAUCGUAUACUAACAGACAUUUUGGGCUUGGAAGACCACUUGGGAGAUAUGGACUUCAAAAUUGCUGGUACACGAAAUGGAAUCACGGCAAUUCAGUUGGAUAUAAAACCUGCUGGGAUUCCUUUAAACAUAAUCUGUGAGUGUUUAGAACCCGCUUUUAAAGGCCGCCUUCAAAUUCUUGACCACAUGGAACGAGAGAUUAGUGCACCACGCAUUCAAGAUGAUAGAAAUUCCCCGCGGUUAGUUACCUUGAAGUACAGCAAUGAUGCUAUUCGCCGACUGAUUGGGCCGAUGGGUGCUCUCAAAAGGAAAAUUGAAGAGCAAACAGGGGCAAGGAUCUCUGUAGGUGAUGGUACACUUACCAUUGUUGCUAAGAAUCAGUCUGUAAUGGAAAAAGUUCAAGAUAAGGUUGAGUUUAUAGUUGGCCGGGAGAUUGAAGUUGGAGGAAUCUACAAAGGCAUUGUAACGUCAAUUAAAGAAUAUGGUGCUUUUGUGGAGUUCAAUGGUGGUCAGCAAGGCUUGCUACACAUAUCCGAGCUUUCCCAUGAACCAGUCUCCAAAAUUUCAUAUGUGUUAUCAGUUGGUCAGCAGCUUUCUCUGAUGUGUAUAGGGCAGGAUGUUCGUGGUAACAUUAAACUAUCUCGUAAAGCUACCUUACCACGACCGGCACAUGAGAUGAAAAUGUGUUUGACAAUCCUGUCCUCUUCCUAAAAAGCACCUAAGUUUGGCAUCAAUUGGGGAUUUCUCUAUGGUGAGGAGCAGCAGAAAUCGACCGUGGAAGAGUUGCCAGAUAUUAAAAUGAAACGUCUAGGGUAAACCUCCCCGCUCUGCAACUCUGCGGUAGUAAUUCGAAGUGUUGCUGAGUGUGAUGAGGCUGAAAAAGAUGAUGGUGUGAGUGAGAAUUCUAAGUCCAAACUAAAUCUGCUAGAAACAAAAAAGGAAUCUGAUACUGUCUUCAGAAGUGAGGAUGAAAGCGAGGAUAAGUACAAUUUUGCAUCUGAAGCACGCGGUGGGAAUGAAAUGGAUGAUAAAGAAGCUGAACUUGAUACUUCUUUGAAUGCAAGAAAGCUGAAAAUAGGAAUGAAGAUUACUGCCAAAGUUUAUCAAGUUCGUACACGUGGGUUAGUCCUUGAUUUGGGUGGAGGAAUCCGUGGAAUGUAUCGAUUUGAGGCUAAUGGCAAGAAAGAUUUUGAGCUAGGUGACACGUUGCACGUCAGAUGUUCGAGUUUUACCAGCAAAGGAAUUCCAGUUGUAUCAGUUGUAUACGAGGAAUAAUUCAAUACUAGCAUCGCCCCUGAAUAACAUAGUGGAGAUUUUUGCUGCUAGUAGAUAAACAGCCAUGCGAAAGAGUUCCUAUUCAAUUGUUGAAGAUGUCCUCGCAAACAAAAUCAGUUGAAGAGGCUUAUGUACAAAAUCAGUUGAAGAGGCUUGUGCUGAUUAAUCUGAACAACCUGGCAGAUCCUAUUUUGUUCUAGAGUAAGCUCUCGUCCUGCCUGGCCUCUGGAAAUAUUGCGAAUUCUGUUGUAAUCAUUCAGAUUUUUGAACAAAAAAGAUGCCGCAUCUUGAGAUGGGUAAUUUGCUUCUCAACCUCAAAAUUUUGGUAGCUAGGUUCUUUCCCCAUGUAUUUACUGUAAUUUUUUAUACUAACCGGAGCAGCUUUGAGCUCUGUUGCAGAAAUUUAUUCAGUUUAUCUAUAUAAUUGAAGAGGUGAGGGUAAAUAUAGUCAGUGUCAAUGGUUUUUGACCUGCUUAAAGUGUAUUUUACUCUCUUUCUGGAGACAUGAUCUUACCCCUUCCCUUUCCUUCA